GAUGGGCUUUUGAACAAUAAUUCAUUACCGUUUUAAUGGGUGAUUAGGGAUCCACUCUGAGAAAACCUCCAGAGCGAUUCAUCGUUCCUUUGUCUUCCUUUCUUUCGCUUUAUGUAAUGUUUUCCGACAGCAGUGCUAUCAGUGGUAAACAAUAACUUUUAGGACGUUCAUUCCGUCAUCAAAGGCAGGAGAUGAUGGAUAAAGCUGAUAUUGGGCAAGCGGCAAAAUAAUCCGAAAGAACCCGUGUAAAGUCAAGUUUAGAAGCCAUUUAAAGGGCGUCUUUGUCCCAGUUAUCGAGAAUACCAUUCGAGUUCUUUAGCAUAAAUUCACAUGCUAAUUUCAACAGCAGGAAGUUUUAUUAUCUAAACUUUUUAAAAGCAUUAUUCGUCAAACAAUUUUCUGAAGACGGACAGGAAAGACUGCUUAACUGCCUUAGGCACAAUUUCGGUCUCAAACUAAAUUUCAAAACUAAUUCAACAUAAUUUCAUGAAAUUGAAAGCGUUUCUUUGUCAUAAUACGUAAUGACUAAAAUGAGUUGCGGAAGGAUUUUGCGUCGGGUCUUUUUACUGUCAAAUUGACACAAAAUAGUAGACUGUAUAUGAGAUUAGAAAACUGAUUCUGUGAGAUUUGAGUAAAUUGCCGAAGAUGGAUUGCCCAUUUGAAUUAUAAUCACAACUCAGACAGGAAAUGAUUUUUCAGCAUUUCAAAUAAAUCUUGUUUUAUAUUUUUCAAAGCGAAAGUUCCAAUCUUGGCGAUUUAUUUUGUCUUUUAGCAUCAAUAACGAUCCUUUAUUAUUUCAAGGCAAACUGAUACUCUGCAAUUUUGUCCAUAGCUAUGCCGUGUUUCUUCUCCUAUCUAAAAACCGCAUGAUGUCACAGUUUGUAUUAAGAUUCACGCGGCGAUUUCCACUGGUCUCGCAGUUAAUACGCUCAACUUUGUAAUUAAUGUGCGCUGCAGCGAAACCUAUAAUAGAUUUACCUCUGAACAGUCUGAAGUUCGAACUCAAUGAUAAUUAAGUGUAAAUCUGCAUAUUGCGGUGAUAGCAUUCUUCACCCACUUUACGGGUCGUUUUGAACUGUCAACGCAGCGAUCUCUUAUAAUUUUGCGAUGACAGCAACCACUCGACACGAAAUCCGGUCCGCUUUACAUGUGGUCGUUGGGCUGUUUAGAUUGUUGCCAGUUUUCUUCUCCUCUUGUACAUGGUUUGCUUCAGCCAAGCAGUUUACUAUAAAUUUUAAUUUCGUUAUCCUGCGAAGAACACAGACGGAGAGAGCUUCGCCAGCAGGGAAUUAUCAUUUAAAGUAGGUCAUUUGCAAGGCACCUGCCUCAAAUUGUCUGUAUGUUUACAGAGCAAACAAGAAAUAUGACCAUUUCCCUUAUCGCUGCAAGCAAUCUAAAUAACAGAUAUUUGAGAAUUCUUGGGAAAAUAUUUAAGGAAAGUGCCACCGCAAAGUUGUAUUUUGUUCAAAUUAAUUCGGAAAGCAAAACGAAAGAACCAAAUCGAAGAACAUUCGAGCGUGACAAUUUUAACACGUGAUUUUUUCCGUGGUAGUCAAUUGAGCGUAACGAGGCAAAGAAAGCAAUCUGCAUUUGAGCCGUGAUGAAUUGACAGGUGGGAGAAUUGAAAUCUCCCGCAGAAACCCUUUGAUAUUGGACUAUAAGAGAUAUCCACGGGUUGCAAGAAGAUGGUCCAACCAAAAUAGACUAUUACGAGAUUAUAUGCCAUUUAACGUGCUUGGACACGAAAGUGAAGUAAGCCCAGUAUCGGGCAUUCAUUGGAAAUUACCAGUCUACGACUCUGCCAGCACUUCGUCCAAACCGACGUCUCAGCUCGGCUUGGGUUUUUCACCCGCUGUAAAAGGCCUGUGGUCUCCCAGUAUGUUCUUGCUCUCCGUGGACAGAACGAGCCAGUUGGAUGACUGUUUUGUUUUUGGCAUUUCUAUUAGCAUAGUGUGUAUGUAACGCUAACCAAAAGCUUAUCCACGCUUUUCGAACUUGAGUCGCUUGUGUUUAGCAUAGCAAUCAAAUGUUGCAUCUCGCGGUUGCUCUGUCGCAUAUUCUUCAAUAUUCAUGGCUCUAUGGAAGAGAUAUCUAAUCUCUAGAUUUUUAAUGGCUCGACCGAGGACGAAAUGUUUAUCUUUGGUGCUAGUUUCCAUUAUUCUGUAUGUCGUCGGCAGUUUUAUCUGCUUGCAUAUUCGCGGCAAUGGAACAGCCAAGUUUCCUAGUAACGUUCUUGCUAUCGAGGGAAGUAACCUUAAAAACAUCGAUCUCCUUCAUCUACAGCGCAAUAGCGCUGAAGCACGUAUCAGCCAAGGCUUUGACGACUACGGUGAAGCAACUAUCGACGAAAACGUCUUCGAUAAUGAGUUACGAAAGCUACCGGACACUGAAUUUACAAACAUGGAAAGCAACCAUUCACAGCCAUUGAACGGACCAAGGCGAAAAUUUUUGUUUGUGUUUCGCUAUUAUGAGCAGCUAGGCCGAGCAACGAAUAACCUUUUGGAUCUGGCCUCAUUGGCGAAGAACAAAAAUCGACUCUUGGUUGUACCCUUCGUCAAUAAUUCUCGCAUGUCUGGUUUGCCAGGCGGUGUGAGUCAUUAUUUUCGCAAGCAUGAGAAACCAUCACAACGGACCUACGCAUUGCUAAGCGAAUACUUCAAUUUGGAAGACUUGAACUUCAAGUUAAAAGCUCGCGGUUACAGCACCUUGAACAGUUUUCGUGACUUCGAAUCCCACUGCGCUAAGAGAUUCAAUAUCGUGAUACACUUUUUAUUUGACGACGAAAACUACAAGAGGGACACAGCUUCAUGGUACAGGGUGAGUGACAAUGAAGUUGCUACUAUGUACAACAAAGCGAGACAACACAAUGGUUGGAUUGAUUGCUCUGCCAUGAAGCAAUCACGCCUCAGCAAGCAGAUUGGCUUCAAAGUUAGUCGUUAUAUUUGUGUGGAUCCGGAAGUAAUAAGAACCGCAAGCGAUCUUGAGGACAGCGUCCUCAAAGGAGCGAAUUGCGUAGGUAUCGUUCAGUGGAGGGGAACUGGCGAGGACCGUGUCCACUUUCCUUUGGAUACAUCUAUUACGCAGCCUCUCCGGCCGUCCGAUCUCGAGUUUAACCCUCGACUCGUCGAGCUGGCGAGAAAUUUCGUGAAAAACAAAUUUCGUGGAGAAUUCAUCGGCAUCCACGUACGCUCCGAGAGGCAUAUUGAGCGAAAAGGAAUAAACGUAACUAAACGAUGUAUGUUAAAACUAGCAACUCGUGUACAAGAAACACGGGACGUGUACGGUAUAAAGCAAGUAUUUUUAGCCUCAGAUUUAACCGAUUAUGGAUCGGAUACUUUGAUGAAUUAUGCAGAAACGAACUACCGUAGGUCUCUUUCGAUAUUUCUCCACAAGGCCUUGAACCAUCCCGAAACGUUUGAACCAAAUGGAAUUCUUUACGACACUGGUGCUGCGGCAAUUGUGGAGAUGAACAUCCUUUCAAUGGCGACGAGACUUUUUACAUUGGGUGGUGGGAAUUUUCAAGAAUGGGCAGUGGCGAUAUUCCGUAAAAGACAUAAUAACGAACAAACAAGGGUACAUCGAAUGUGCGAACUUGUUUAGUGUUAAAAUUCUACGCCAAGACGACGAGGAAAAUUACCGUGUUCUCUUCGUUCACGGAAAAAAAUGGCGCUAAAACUUCAACGGCUUUCAGGAAAAUUCACGACGCGGCUACGCGAGGUGAAGCAUAUAUUUAUUUAUUUUCAAGUAUCAAUUCUCCGGCUUCACUGUAGCAGCAAUCGUUUGAAGCAUGUGAAUUAGUGGGGGAAUAACAGAGAUUUAAAAGAAAAACUAUUUUCGAUAUGAAUAUAGAAAAAUAGCGUUUAGACAAUACUUCCCAUGCAAAAUUCCAUCUGGGAAUAUUUUUUCAAAGCCUUUAUUUUAAUGAAUUUGCUCUAUUUAUUUAGAAUAUUAUUAUUUUUACUCGCGACGGGUAAAUAGUUAAAGGUAAAAAGGUAAAUCUGUAUGGACCUUUUUGAAAAUCAAAGAUCUAAUAAGACUCAUCGAGAAUUUCCAAUCGAUUAACACCCGAGUGCAGGCUUAAAAUAUCACUGCAAAUUUCGUGUUUCCACAUCUAUAUUUGCCAGCCAGCACGAGUGCUACUGUUGAAGUGGUACUUCAACUACUCGUCGCCAAAACGGGAGCGAUAUUUUUUAUCUCUAGUACUUGAGCCUAGAAGUUUCUGUAAAAUGUCAAUGAAAAUUGUUUCAUAUAACCACUCUUCUACAGAAAUUAUGAUUACUGAACAUGAGGCACUUUGGAGCACAUACGAAAACAUCGCCAAAACAAAAACAUGUUCUGGUUAAUUGCCUGAUCGGACUGAUCGGAUCGGAUCGAACUAUGGCCGUACAUUCCCUUAAGUUUUUGAAAUUUCUCUAUAAUAUUGGCGCGAGAAAGGCGACAAGCCUCGCAACUUGUUUUUGCAAAGUGGUUCGACUUGGAGUCAUUUCAGAAAUAGUGAAGAGUGAGAAAAACUGUGGAAUCAGUACACACUUGUUACCGUAGUUAGGCCACUUAUUGUUCAUUCGACAUUUUCCAAUUUGUAUUUUCUCACGACAGCCUCUGAUAUUUUAAUCACAUGGCAAAGUGAAUAAAAUUACUGCUUUUUGCUUGCCAUUUCAAUUCCUAGGUUCGACAAAAAAAUCAGAUUUCGUCCACAUUUCUAUUGAUUUAUUAGUCGAUAAUUCGGUGCAUUGAGGCUAGUCGCUGAUAAUUUUCUUUUUUUCUCAUUACCUUUUUGCAUAACUGACACGAUUUUGAAAUUGUUAAGAGAAAUUAGACUUGGAUUUCUUUGGAGUUGAAAGAUUUAACGCGUUGAACACAAAGUGUAACUCAGAGGAAUUUGCUAGCAAAGUGUUCAACGUUUAUUUAUUAGCGACAUUUAAGUUAUUUAAUGAAGUUUGCGGGGGUUAAAAAUAAAAUGUGAGAAAUAUUUAUUUAGUAGUUGCUUUUGAAUUUUUUGCAUGACAGAUUUUACAAUCAUUAGCAAACAUUUUGAAAUGUUUCCCAACAAGAGUGUUUUCCCAUGUCGACGCAAGCAAGAAAAUAAGAGUUUCAAUUCGGAAGUUCUUGUGAUAGAGAACAUAUAUUAAAUAAAUAUUGGUGCCAAAAGUUUUCGUCGUCGGCAAUUCAAGUGUUAACCAACAGGCCAAUUUCUAUAAAAAUAUUGAAAAUAUUAAAAUUAUAACUUGGCACCGAGCCUUAGGGGAAUAAAACAAAAGAAAUUAAUUAUUCAUCUCGAUCUUGAUGUGAUUUUUUUUUUAUUCCCCAAGUCGCGGAGCCACUAUGAAUCAAUGCAAUGCUAUUUCAUUCACGCUGGCUUUUUGAGAAUUAUUAACGUUCUGGGGAAGUAGUUUUGCGGGUUACAGUUUCAUUGUUAACUCUCCCGCAUGUUAUAUAUCCGAAUUCUGCUUGCGGGAAAUCCGCUUACAUUGUAAAUUUCACGCCAUCUUCCAUACUUAAAAUGUUCUCUUCCAGUACAAGUAAUGGUUAUAUGAAGUCUGCCUUGAAUAUUCAAGUUAGGCUCCGCUUUUGAAUAAUCGUUUCAUGGAUUAUGGCUGCUCAAUCAGAUACCUGCACAUACGUCAUAGUACAUAAAAGUACUUCUUCAAGUAAUUUCUCUAUGUAGAUAGCCAUUGUUACUGAAGUUGAAUUUUAAGGUUUGGUCGGCAUGGUUUAGUUGCAUAUAUGACUGCUACGGAAGCGUCUGAGUAUACUACAAUCUUCAGAACGAUAAGGCGUGAAUAUAGUGCGCGAGAAAUUGUGCUUGAUAGUUGUGGCUGCAUAUCCGUGCCAACCAGCUCAGAAAGUAGAGUGAAUUUUUUAUUACAAUAUCCUCAAUCAAGUAUCUUGAUUUAAUGUGGCUAUCCCAUUGAACAAAAUGCCUAUUAGUUGCUCUCCGUGAUUCUCAGCGUCUUAUUUGGGAGACUAGAUAGUUCUAUGAAUAUUGUUAUGAGAAACAAGACCGCUUCAAAGUUCCCAUUUGACUUUUCGUCACUCGUCAUGACGUAGUAGAUACUGGCUGCAGCUCGUGGUCCGUGAAGUUAACAAGAAAAAUAUUGCUUAAAAGUCAACGUAACUGACAGAAAACUCCCAUCUAGCAAUCUUGAGGCAACAGCCGUUUCUCUCGGCAGACAAAUGGAAUGUUACCUUCGCAAAUUCCACUGUGACUCUGCUAGUAACGAACCUACCUUCGUGUUUAUCAAGUUGGUCACCGAUAAGAUGUAUGGAUCAGUGAUAUUGAGUACUUCACACUACAAGUGCCUAAAAUUUGUUAACGCUCAGAACUAAAAUAAAAGUACGCGCGAAAUUAGAAUAACAUGACUGUGAGAGUUAAUAUAUCAUAUCUGUCUUGAAAAAAAUACCAUUUUGAAACUUUAAGAAUAGCUCUUGCUGAAAAUAACGGCUAUUUAGUUCCCUGUUGUCUAUGGACUCUAAUGCACUGUCUAACACGGUCACAGCUCAACUGGUCCAUUUUCCUUGACAAGCGGUUAAUGCAAAUGUUUAUAGUUUACGAAGUGUACGAAGGAACAACAAAUUUUUCUUACAAAGUUCACGUUGAGAAAUCUAUUUGUCCGUGUCAACUGUUAACUUAAAGCGGCAAUGACCUUUGGACCGAGGAAUAUGGUUCCAAAACUAGCGAGUAUUUUAGGGUUUCGUAUUUACUAAAGUUGACCGAAGAGUUCCUUGUCCAUAGAUAAAACUGUCAUUAGAGGUAGAGGGCCAAUGAAAUAUUCAUGUGCAGCCAAAGACAAUUCAAAAAUUAAAGUACAUCCUUCCGUGAUUUCAAUACAGCUCACAUAUGACGGAAAAUGUGGGCUGCACAAUGAUUACGACAACUGAUUUUGGCGCUUGCUUGUCGGAAAGGGUGGAGCUUGUUAUGGACGGUUAGUAUGUCUGAAUUCGAUUUUAGCGAUAACAAAUCAUCAAUAAAUUGUGUCUAAUUAUGUCUCACUGAUAAAAUGAUAAAAUACCAAGACGGCGAUAUAUUGCCGCAUAUGAGUAUAUAACGCAAGUUAUCUGGCCGACAUGACAAAAUGUGCUUUCGACAGGAUGCAAAAUUUUAAAUGCUCGCCUGAAACCAUGUUGUUUCCUUCUUGUCAUUGAUUAACUGUUAUCUCACUGGCAUGAAUUUAUUAACUGAUGCUUUCAUUGCCACAACAGGUAUCAAUCUUGUUACAAAAUCUUUUCCAUAUUGCGAGUUGAAAAGGCCGCGGAUUCAUAUAUCUUCAUUAAAAGUAAUAAAUGAUAUGUUUUAGCCAGGACGAUUUUAACAUAUCUCUGAUUAUGGCUAACAAUUGUGAUAAAUUAUGCGGAAAGACAACAGGAAAAAAGUCUAUAAAGAUAUUUUAUUGAAAGACUUCUCAUAGCCUACAUAUAAACAUGCCAAGCCUGCGUAGCUGCCGGGAUUUUGCGCUCAAGUGCUUUGUUUUUCGGGGCGGAGUCUCUCUUUAAAGCGCGACGCCGCGAGGAGAACGAGGAAUUCGCGCGUGAAAUCCCUCCAGCUUCGUGGACUACAACACGCCGCGGUCACGUGAUUAGCCCGAGAGAAGAAAUUUUAAAAGGACUUCCUCCAACGCUUGUAAUUAGCUGUAGUACUUUUAAUUUCUUAUCCUCGCAAGAUUACUUUUAACUGGCUACGUUCUGGAGAAUGACACGAUUAUUAUUUAUUUCCAGGGCGAGAUGCUCAUAUUAGGGAGUUUAAGGACGACGGCAACAGUAACGGGAACGUCGCUAAACAAAAGGUUUAAUGAGCAUUACCAUGGCUGUGCCCGAGCGUUUACUCUGCACUGUAUGGAGAACGCGAACGACGACGGCUAAUCUUAUAAACUUUGAUUUCAAAUUUAACGCUUUGUCCCAGAUUCAGUUUCGUGAUAGUUGUGACUGAUAAAACUCCUUAUUUACUGAGUUUGCAACGAACUCCGCUAAAAGUGAUCGGCUCUCGCAACCAUCUCAUUAGAUCUCACAAAUUCUGCGCGUCGAAUCCAAUUUUCACACUGAAAACAAAUAAAAGAAAACUGAAAAGCUCUUUCUGAAAAUUUUGUUACUUAAUAGAACAUGAUAAAUGAUCUCUGGUUAUUUGUUGAAAGACAGAUGUCAUAUAUACAACAUAACGCAACAUUACGAAUGGUUUAGGCUGAAAACUAUUAAGUUUAGUUCACUGGCUAGUUUCGACUGAGAGCAAGAGAGUCUCUUGCUAAGAACCAUAACAACGGGAACCUGGCUGAAUUUCGUCGACGAAAUUUUCAUUGAUUGCUACCAGUGUCAUUUGCCUUUAGAUAUUUAAAAUCGAAUUCACGCACGCUCACGUUUGUCACAUUCACCUAAGUUGUAAAGUGUUUGUCAAGAUAGUUAGUCCUUUAUUUGUGCCAAACACUAUUACAGAAACAGUGCCAACAACAAAAAGAGUUGACAUACUCCAAGUCCGUCGUUUUAAUUCUCGGACAUGUAAGAGUUCGACGCACAAGUCAAAUGAAUCAGGAAAGCGAACCGCAAGUCAUACCUGCUCUGUAUUCCCUGCGGUUUGCGUUCGUAAUUCAUUUGACUUGUGCGUUGUAUUCUUGAAACCAGCUAUUGAAAUUUCCUUUUUUAACCUUGAAUGAAGGAAAAAAUCUCCCAAGAAUAAUAAUCUAAACGUUUAAACGUACUAAAGUUUAAAACAAAACGAAAUCUGAAGCUGCAUUCAAACAUAACAUCAUGUAUGUCAGCUGGUUUCAAUUUUCUUGAAUACAUGUGUUGCACCAAAGGUUGUAACCUCGAAAUAAAAAUGUCUUCAAGGGAGGUCACUGAUAGAAUUUAUUCUCGUCCUGAGUGAGAGUGAUCCGGAUUUAACUUUUUUGAGUCCCCAUUUUCUUCUCGUCCUGGAGUGAAAGCGAUCCGGUGGUUUCUACCUUGUCCUCAGUUUCUGCACGUCUUCGAGUGACAAAUGUAAGAUAGGGGUCUUGGUUCAACGUUCCCAGUCUCAUCGCGUCAAACAAACGCGCGCCUCUGGUCCAAGCUUCCUUCGUUCGGGUCAGAAAGCCCACUCGUCCAAAGUCAUGCCUGAUAAACUAUCGCUCGCGAUGGAGCCGGCGAUGUCUUGGUCUGCAAGA